CGCCCAUCUUACUUCGGGUUUCACAGCCGUAUACCCCCUCGCGCCCACCCACCGCUUCACCACCAACUCCAACCCAUCACGCCACCCCCCCACCGCCCCGCCCUCCCCCGCCAAUCCCGCCCACCACGAUCCCCGCCGCCCCCACUAGCACCCGCCGCCCCCACCCCGCCCCCCCUCUUCGACACCUCCUCUCCCUCUCCCCGACCACCUUCGCCCUCCAUACUGCUCCACCCCAAAUCCAUUGCUCUUUCCCUCCCACGCCCUCCACCCCCCCGCCCCCCCCCCCACCCCCCCCCCCCCCCGCAACUGACCCCCUCGUUCCGCACCCCCAGUGGAUCGUCAGCGACGUCUCGACCGCACCCCCCCCCCACCCACACCAAGGAACUCCAUGUCGUCCCCUCCCCACUCCCCCUCCCCCCUGCCACCCGCACCGCCCCCCUCACGCGCCCCCCAUCGGCCCUCCCCCACCCGCCUCCCUACCUGCUCCCCACUCUACUCUCCCCCCCACCCCCACCACCACAUCGCUUAGCGCACCCCCGGCCUCCUCCCCCCCCCUCCUACUCCGGCCCCACCGGCCAACUCAACCCACCUGCGCUCUCCGGCACAGCUCCCCCAGGACGCCUUGCCCCGCCCCCCGCCCUAAUCCCCCCCCGCUCCCUUCUUCACGUCCCUACCCUGCACAACGCCCCCCCGUGCACCACCAACUCCCCCUACCAUGCUUGCCCAAUCAUGCCCACCGUCCCCAUACUCGCCGCUCUCCUUCGUUCAACCCCGCACCCCCACCAAGCUAGACCGCUCCUUCACGUUCGAGCCCACCCCCCUAUAUCCUCCUUAAAACAACCCUCCAGCCCCAGUCUCCCCACCACUGCACGUCGUACACCCCCUCCCACACAAGAAACUCUCCUAACCCGGCACGCCCAACACCCUACCCCGAGACACGACCCAAUGCAAUAUUAA